AGUUUUCUCCAACCUGAGGAACUGUAGUGUCGCUGCGCUCGGAAAUCCGCUUGCUACCAGUCCUUGUCAUGUUAUGAGACCAACAGAGGAGCUUUUUCUCACUGGAAUACGAGGAGACACCGCCAUACAGUGCUGUGGGCGAACUCUACACCCAAGGCUCCUUGAAUUUCUCCCGGAAUUGACCAGUAGGAUCAACAAAAGUGUUUGCUCAAUGCCCCCCAGUCGGCAGGAGUAGCCCUCCAGUUCCCACAUCACCCACCACAUCCAUGUUGACUGCGGCAGCCCUCGCACUGGGUCCAGGGCUACAAACACCACUACCCCUUUGUUCCUCCGUGGGCACACUCCGGCUACAGUGUCGCAGUUUAUGGAAGUACCAUUGCAUGUUAUAAUGAUACAUCCCUGUGUGUGUGGAGGAUUGUUUACGCGUUAAAAUGGCUGCUGAAAUGGCAUUUGAAAGAGAGUGGUCUUGAAUCAAUGCAGUAACGUUACCUAGCAGAGGCCAAACUCAACAUAAGCUACACUAGCUAGCAAAUCAUGUUAUAGAUAGUUACAGUAUUCAAUUAGUUAGCUGCUUAAAUAGCUUUAAUGUUAAGCUGUUGGGUGAAGGGAAAUCCUCCUACGAGAUCUAUGCAUGCGGUUAAACAAACAGCCUUCAGAAAACACCUAGCUAACAUUGCUUCUACCUAACCGUGGUGUCCAAAGCUUUAUAAGCCUUUAUUUGAGUAUGCAUUGCACUCAACGAAUAUGCAGGACUUCUUUCUUAUAACAGACACAGCCUGAGUAGUCGAGGUUUUCUCUCAGACCUUAAGGCCCCCGGUGUUUUACUCGGCUUGGUCGACCUGGAGCAGAAAAAAUGGAUCCUGGGGGGAGAUGUAAGACGAAACUCUUUCUUUUUGGACCCAGACAAGCCACCCACAGCGAUCUACGGGGCAUCAACAGAUACCUGGUGGUCUAUGUUUUGUUUUACUUUGUGAUGUUCACUCAUGCAUCACCGGCGAAACCGUGCGACAAGAACUGUCUCUCUGGGAAGUGUGUCAACGGAUCCUGCAUCUGUGACCGAGGAUGGGUGGGAGACCAGUGUCAGCACUGCCAGGGGAGGUUCAAGUUGACGGAGCCCUCAGGAUACCUCACAGACGGUCCGAUCAACUACAAGUACAAAACAAAGUGCACCUGGCUCAUUGAGGGCUAUCCAAAUGCGGUUCUUCGGCUAAGAUUUAACCACUUCGCCACAGAAUGCAGUUGGGACCACAUGUAUGUGUAUGACGGAGAUUCGAUAUACGCUCCUCUGGUUGCUGUUUUUAGCGGUCUCAUUGUGAUGGAGAUACGAGGAAAUGAGACGGUUCCUGAGGUUGAGACGACUUCAGGCUAUGCACUUCUACACUUUUUUAGCGAUGCUGCCUAUAAUUUAACAGGAUUUGAAAUAUUUUACUCGAUCAACUCGUGUCCCAACAACUGCUCUGGCCACGGAAAGUGCACGCCCGGUAACUCUGCCGCCAGCAGAGUUUACUGUGAAUGUGACAAGUACUGGAAAGGCGAGGCAUGCGACAUCCCGUACUGCCGGAACAACUGCGGCAGCCCCGAUCACGGAUACUGCGACCUCACUGGGGAGAAGUUGUGCGUCUGCAACGACAGCUGGCAAGGCCCCGACUGUGCUCUGACUGUUCCUUCAACGGAGUCCUUCUGGGUCCUACCCAGCGUCAAGCCCUUCGGCACAUCGCUAGCCAGAGCUUCCCAUAAGACUGUGGUGCAGGAGAAGGUCAUGUGGGUGGUGGGUGGAUACACUUUCAACUACAGCUCCUUCCAGAUGAUUCUCAACUACAACCUGGAGAGCGGCAUCUGGAACACAGUUCCCAUCAACAGUGGCCCUGUGCCAAGAUAUGGACACUCACUCGCUGCCUACCAGGAUGAUAUCUUUAUGUUCGGUGGGAAGCUGGAGGCCGGCUGGGCCAACGUGACGGACGAGCUGUGGGCGUUCAACGUACCCAGCAGGACAUGGCAGAGGAGAAACCCUGUGGUCGGCCCGCCUGCUCAGGCUCAGAUUUACGCGGUGGAGGGUCACUCAGCCCACUGCGUCCUGCUAGACGGGGACGAAGCCGUCAUGCUGGUCAUCUUCGGCUACUCCCCCAUCUACAGCUACAUCAGCAACGUUCAGGAGUACAACCUGAAGUCCAACACGUGGUCAGUGCCUGAGACCAAAGGAGCUGUUCCUCAGGGAGGUUACGGCCACAGCAGCACGUACGACACUGCCAGUGGGAGUGUAUAUGUUCACGGAGGCUACAAAGCGCUACCCGCUAACAAAUAUGGCCUUGUGGAUGACCUCUACCGCUAUGACGUGAACACACGGACAUGGUUCAUUCUAAGAGAGAGCGGUUACCCACGGUACCUUCACUCAGCUGUGCUCCUCAGCGGCACCCUGCUCUUCUUCGGCGGCAACACACACAACGACACGUCACUCAGCAACGGGGCCAAGUGUUUCUCUGCUGACUUCCUGGCGUAUGACAUAGCUUGUGAUGAGUGGACGCUGCUUCCUAAACCGGAUCUGCACCGGGAUGUCAACCGCUUUGGUCAGUCUGCUGUGGUCAGCAAUGGGUCCAUGUAUGUGUUUGGGGGCUUCUCCGGCAUGCUGCUCAACGAUGUGCUUGUUUACCGACCCCCCAGCUGCCAUGCUUUCUUGGCAGAGGAGGGGUGUGUGAAAGCUGGGCCAGGGGUCCGCUGCAUCUGGAGCGGGAGCCGCUGUCUCCCUUGGGAACCGAGCAUGGCUAAUGGAAGCCUCAACCCUGCCCCCUUCUGCCCCCCUAAAGCUGUCACAGUGGAUGAGCGGUGCUACCGCUUUUCAGACUGCGCCAGCUGUACAGCCAACACCAACGGGUGCCAGUGGUGUGAUGACAAGAAGUGCAUCUCUGCCUCCAGCAACUGCACCUCUAAUGUGAGGAACUUCACCGAGUGUCCAGUGAGGAACGAGCAGGUGUGCAGCAAGCUCGCAAACUGCAAGAGCUGCUCCCUGAACCUCAACUGUCAUUGGGACCAGAAUCAGUCAGAGUGCCAUGCUUUACCUGCUCAGCAGUGCAGUGAAGGCUGGAGCCAGGUGGGAGAGGCCUGCCUGAGGAUCAACUCCAGCCGGGAGAGUUACGACAACGCCCAACACUACUGCAAGAACCUCAACGGGAACAUCGCUUCACUCACCACCUCUAAGCAAGUCGACUUUGUGCUGGAGGAGCUGAAGAAGCUGCAGCAACACGGCAAGCGGCUGUCUCCCUGGGUGGGCCUGAGGAAAAUCAACGUGUCGUACUGGGGCUGGGAGGACAUGACCCCCUUCACCAACAACAGCCUGCGCUGGUUGCCUGGCGAGCCCAGCGACUCUGGUUUCUGUGCGUACCUGGAGGAGCCUCAGGUGUCCGGCCUCAGAGCCAAUCCAUGCACUGCGACCGCGCAUGGCCUCAUCUGUGAGAAAGCAACUGGAAACCCCAAUCAGAGUACCCGUCCGUCCUGUAAGAAGCCGUGCUCGCUACACACCAACUGUGCAAACUGCACCAGUCAGGCCACAGAGUGUAUGUGGUGCGGCAGUGCUCAGCGCUGCGUAGACUCCACUGCCUAUGUCAUCUCUUUUCCUUAUGGCCAGUGUCUGGAGUGGCAGACUGGAGAGUGUUUGGCCCAGAACUGUUCAGGUCUACGGACGUGUUCCCAGUGUUUGGAGCAGCCUGAGUGCGGCUGGUGUGGAGACCCGAGCAGCACAGGGAAAGGCCUGUGCAUUGAAGGCUCCUACCGAGGCCCCAUGAAGAGGCCGGCCAAGCAGGGCCAGUCCCAGCAGGGCCCGUCCCAGGACAUGAGCCUGGAGCCGGGCAGCUGCCCCAAAGACAAAGGCUACGAGUGGGCUUUCAUUCAGUGCCCGGCAUGCCAGUGUAACGGCCACAGCACGUGUGUGAACGGCAGCGUGUGCGAGCAGUGCCGCAACCUCACCACAGGCCCCCAAUGCCAGACCUGCAUGCCUGGGUUUCACGGAGACCCCACCAAUGGUGGCAAAUGCCAGGCCUGUAAGUGUAACGGCCAUGCGAGCGUGUGCCAGGUGUUAACUGGCAAGUGCUUCUGCACCACCAAGGGGAUCAAAGGAGACCAGUGCCAGCUAUGUGACUCAGAAAACCGUUACCUUGGCAAUCCACUCCGAGGAACCUGUUACUACAAUCUCCUGAUCGACUACCAGUUCACCUUCAGUCUCAUCCAAGAAGAUGAUAAUCACUACACUGCCAUCAACUUCAUGGCCUCACCUGAACAGGCUAACAAGAACUUGGACAUGUCCAUUAAUGCAUCCAACAACUUCAACCUCAACAUCACCUGGUCUGUGGGAUCAACAGCUGGAACCAUCUCUGGAGAGGAGGUGCCCAUCGUGUCCAAAACUAACAUCAAGGAAUACAGAGACAGCUUCUCCUGUGAGAAGUUCACCUUCAGAAGUAACCCAAACAUCACCUUCUACGUCUACGUCAGUAACUUCUCAUGGCCUAUCAAGAUCCAGAUUGCCUUCUCCCAACACAACAGUAUCAUGGACCUAGUCCAGUUCUUUGUCACAUUUUUCAGUUGCUUUCUCUCACUACUCCUGGUGGCGGCAGUCGUGUGGAAAAUUAAACAGACCUGCUGGGCUUCAAGACGGAGAGAGCAACUGAUGAGGGAGCGCCAGCAGAUGGCCAGCCGUCCGUUUGCCUCUGUCGCUGUUGCACUGGACGCCAGAGGAGAACAAACAGAGCUGCUGCAGCAUGUGGUCGAUGGUGUACCUAAACCCGUUGCAAUGGAGCCGUGUUCAGGAGGGAAAGCUGCUGUGCUGACCGUCCUUAUGCGCCUGCCGUCUGGGUCUUCAUGUUUACCUCCACCAGGACAGUCAGGAAUCAUCGUUGCCAGUGCGCUGAUAGACAUUUCACAGCAGAAACCAACAGAUUUUAAGGACAAGUCGCAGGGCCUGAAGAACCGAAAAGCCCUUCCUCCAGCACACCAAGGCACCUGCGUCUGAGCCUGUCAAUCCAAUGGGUCCCUUUUUUUUUCUUUCUAACACCAUCUGAGGUCAGAUUGUUCCAGCUCCAGUCUGAGGCCUUUUCAAGAGACAGACAUGGCUUUUCAUUCAGCUGCUAACACUCAAAAGUUUUCAAUGAAACUUGCCAAGUCCAAGGAGCACAGCCCUUCUUACCUUCAUGUCUCAUUUUGCUCUGUCUCCUCAUACCUGGAAACUACUCCACCGUCUGGACCCAAAUCCUCUCACUUCGGCUUGGACAGUAAACUUUUGCAAAGGAGACGUCUGCCUGAUUGAGUUUGAUUCGGAGGAUCUGCACCUAGUGAAACUUAAUUUUUCCACUACUUGUUUGAGGGAAAAGCAAAAGUUGUCUGUAUUUGGGUUCUAUCAGAAUUCAGCUGGACUUACAGCAGAUCAUUUAAAAAAGAAACAUGCUGCCUAUGUUUGUUUUUUUCUCUCCUGGUUUGCUUGCCUACAAGUGGUAUUCUACGGUGCUAAAGCAUUUAGUUUUUAUAACAAGCCUUUGCUGCAUCAACUCAACUCAUACUGCCUUUUGUGGGAAAGCUGUACAUCUAACGAGGACUCCUUUUUUUCUGUUACACCCCGUGACCACAUGAUAGUGUUUUUAAAGUGUAUUAAAUCACGCCACUUUCACCAAUUAGCAUUUAACUAUUGGUUUUAGCAUUUACUGUACAUAUUUAUCAUCCACCCAGCUGAAGCUAAAGUCUGUAUUUUUUGUGGAAAUCGAACGCUACCGAGACAUGCAACUGCAAACCCACUACCAGCUGCAUUCAGGGGAGAACUGCAGACAGUAUGGAGAGGAGACACGAACAAAUCUUCAAACUAACGCAUGAAAAACUCCAAAAAAAAGGAAUAAUGUGUGCAUUCUAUUCGCAAACUGGAAGUUUCCUUUGUUCCUUUUUUUUUCUUUCAGUGCUUGCUGUUGAAGAAGUUACACAACGCGGAGACACGCUGAAGUUCUAGUGACUUCUUUAAUGUUACUUUGCUGUGCAACGUGGACAUUAAGCUUUCAAGCUCACCCUUGGAUUGGCAUGGUUUAGAGAGACGUUUGAUAAAAUAAGAGCAGAGACAUCAAGCUCCUCUGGCUGUUUACUUGUUUGUUUGUACGUUUGUUUUUCUCGGUAAGAGUCCUCUAAGGCUACGACUUUAUUUCCAUCCUUUGAGAACAAGGAGUUCUGUUACCUUUUUUAUAAUGCCUUGGCUUUCCAUGAACUCCUUUGUGGGAAGGGGGGGGCAUGUUGAUGUGCAGAAUUUUUCAAAAGCUGUCGACCAUUUUUAGCCCCACCCCCUCGAGCUGUACAGUGUCUUGUUGGAACAAAUGUGAUUCUUUGUCACUCUCUCUCUUGAGAUACUACGUGUUUGUCAGGUUUUUAUGACAGAAUGGCAAGAGAUUAUCUUUAAUUUUACGGCCUUGUCACCUGUUCCUAUUAUAUCUAUGAAUUGUAAGUCUUUUGCUACACUUGUGAAAAGAGCAUUUCUGUUAAUAUUUUGUUUUGAUAUUUAACAGAUUCCUGUGUAAUAGCACAUUUAACUUGACUUUAUUGUUGGCGUAAAUCAGUUGAUUUCACGUCCACUGUUUUUUUUGAGAUUGUGCAUCUUUAAAGGACUGUAUGGGCAUUGUCUUUUUUGUUGCAACGUGUUCACUAUGAUGCAUUUCAUAAAGGAUAGUAUGCCAGCUAAUGUGUUUUUAAUUUGUGUUUGUAAAGUUAUUCCUAUAACAGUGUCAUUACACAGGAAUCAGGGUCUCACUGUACCAUAAAAAAAGAAAAGACGAUAAACUGCAUAUCAGUAAUCUUCAGUGUAUUUUAAGAUGGACAACAUGCCAGAAAAUAAAAAACAGACCUGGACAUCU